UAAAAACUUGAUUUUUUUUUGUCCCUCUUCUUUGCCUACAAGUGAUUUUUUUUAAAAGGAAAAAGUUUGGGAUUGUUCUCUCUGCUUUGGGAAAUGGCAUGGACCUCUUUGGGGUUGUUGGCAUUGUCCCACAUGUUCUCUACCUUCUCUGUUUCUGUUAUCAAGAAAUAACGUUUCUUGAAUUUCUAAUCUCCCAACUUCAGUUUGGUGGUUCCCUUUUCUGUGAGAUGAGCAAUGUCUUGUAAAGCCGAAAUUUUUCUUGCAAAAAUUCAAUUUUUCCCAAGUAUAGCAUAGUAGUAUCUUGCUAUUCUAGUGCCCAUUGAUUCUUCUCAGAUGAAUCUUUCUUUACCAGUUUUGAAAUGAAGCAUGUCUAGUUUCAAUUUCAAUUUUCAACUGUUUAUUCUUAUGCUUGUGAUUGGAUGGAAGAAACUUCUGAUUUUCGAAAUUGGGAUGAGUUGAUUCCCGAUGCAUUAGGUGUAAUCUUCACCAACCUCUCUCUGCAAGAGAGGGUGACCGUGAUCCCAAUUGUAUGCAAAUCAUGGGCUAGAGCAGUAGCUGGACCUUACUGCUGGCAAGAGAUAGACAUCAAAGAAUGGAGCAGCCGGUACCAGCCGGAACAGCUCGACCGGAUGCUCGAAAUGCUAGUCGCAAGAAGCUGUGGAUCGCUCCGAAAACUGUGUGUUUCUGGUCUCCAAAAUGAGAGGAUCUUCACUGUCAUUGCUGAAAAUGCCUGCUCCCUCCAGACUUUGCGACUGCCGCGGAGCAGUAUGAGUGAUUCCAUUGUGGAACAGAUUGCUGGAAGGCUUUCCAUGAUUUCAUUCUUGGAUGUGAGCUACUGUCUCAAAAUGGGUGCGCACGGGCUAGAGAUGAUCGGCAAGAACUGCAAACUACUAGAAGGAUUGUGCCGGAACAUGCACCCAUUGGACACAGCUGGGAAGCCCUUAAAAGAUGAUGAGGCAAAUGCAAUUGCCUCCACGAUGCCAAAGCUGAAGCAUCUCGAAAUGGCUUACCACCUAAUCAGCACCUCGGGUGUUCUUCAAAUCCUCUCAAACUGCCCUAAGCUCGAGUUCUUGGAUCAGAGGGGGUGUUGGGGUGUCACACUCGAUAACUUGUUCUUGAAGCAGAAAUUUCCAAAGCUGCAGGUCUUGGGGCCGCUUGUUCUUGACACCCACGAUAGCGAUGGAUGGGAAGACUUCUCAGAUAUUUCGGAUUCUUCCGAGUAUUUGGCAUGGGAUUUUGUGGCCGGUGGCGAGGGCGAAUACUAUGUGGAUGAUGAUAGUGAUAGUUAUGAAGGGAUGUGGAAUGAUGAAGAUGAAAGGUUGUUAGAUGAGCUUCAUUUCAGGUUUUAUGAAGGGAUAGAAGAUGCUGGAAUGUAUUGGCCUCCAUCUCCUUAAGCUAAUCUUGUGUUGCAUCAAAUGUGAAUGGCAUGCUUUACUAGUUGUAACUUUUUUCAUCUGUUCUUGACUCUCCUAUAUCAUGUCCAUUUCUAUGGACAAAUGAAGUUUGGUUUUUGCUUUCCCUGUAUCAUAUAAGUUCAUAACCGAGUAGCACCAGAAAUCUUAACUACCUUGCAUGCUUUGUGACAAU